CCCACUUAUCACCUACACUCUUAAUUAACCCAUCUCCAUCUUUUUACAGGCAAAGAAAAAAAAACAUCAUUAUUAUGCUCAUCGCACUUUGCUUCUGUCUCAGUCUCCUCCUCUCCACCACCGCAACCAAAACCCCACCACCGUAUACUCCGAUAGAUUUGAUAGUCCUGAACUGCGGUUCAUCAACCCAAACCACAUCACCCGAUGGUCGGAAUUGGCAAGGCGAUGUCCGGUCCAAAUUUCUUCAUUUCAACUCUCAAAAUUUAUCAUCACAAGCCUCCCAGCAAAACCCUUCUGUUCCUGUUGUACCCUACAUGACCGCAACAAUUUCAAACACUAAUUUCACUUACACAUUCUACUUAUCCCCUGGUCCGAAAUUUCUCCGACUCCAUUUUUAUCCAGAUACUUACCGAUCUGCCCUCAAUUCCUCAACGUCGUUCUUCACUGUCACAGCCAACGGUUAUACCCUCGUCAGGAAUUUCAGCGCUUAUUUAACCGCUUUUGCCGCGAGUUCACCUGUUGACUUCUUGGUCAAGGAAUUUAUAGUAACUGUACAAGAAAAUCAAGAACUCAACCUAACGUUUAUUCCAUCUCCAAGCUCGUUUGCGUUCAUUAAUGGGAUAGAAAUAGUUCCUAUACCAAACAAUUUGUAUAUAAGAAAUAUGGAAAAUCGUUAUACUCUUGUGAAUUCAGAUACUUCCUUCUAUUUCGACAGAAAUACUUUUCUUGAAACCAUGUACAGGUUGAAUGUUGGCGGUGGAUUCGUUAGCAGCGUAGACGAUACAGGAAUGUUCAGAACAUGGUCUGAUGAUACAGUUUAUAUAUUUGGUGGUGAAAAAGGAACUGUGCAUCUAUCUAAUAAUAGCACAAUGGAAUGGAAACUGACGCCGGAAUAUGCUGCGCCGGAGGUGGUGUAUCUCACUAAACGUUCGAUGGGUCUGAAUCCUGAACUUAAUCUGAAGUACAAUCUCACAUGGUUGUUUCCUGUUGAUUCUGGGUUUAAUUAUCUUGUCAGGCUCCAUUUCUGCGAGACAGAUGAAAAAGCAGCGCAGUUGAAUUUAAGACCAUUCAUAAUAUUUAUUAACAAUAUGACGGCAGAGUACGAUGCGGAUAUAAUUAACUGGAGCGGGGGAAUAGACAUUCCGGUGUACAGAGAUUACGUCGUGUGGUUUCCUGUCGGAGGGCCGGAUAAGCAGGAUAUGUGGCUCGCGCUACACCCGGAUACGGAAUUGCAACAGAGCACUGCUGAUGCUUUGUUGAAUGGUGUAGAAAUAUUCAAAUUGAACUCAACAGAUGGUAGUCUAGCGGGGUCCAAUCCCGAACUGAUGGAGAACCCCGUAGUGCCGGAACGGGGUCUAAAAUCGUCGAGGAAGAAGAGGCGAUCGCUAGUUAUGGUCGUUGCUGUGUCGGUCAUCAUCGGAGGUGGUGUACUCAUAUCUUCUCUUACUCUAUGUCUAUGCUUCAUAAAAAGAAAGACCAUAAGAACGGACAAUGCUAAUGCCAAUGCUAAUGCUAAUGCUAUGAUUACAAAGCCUAAAUCUUUUGCUAUUUCUUUUUAUCGCUCUAUAAGGUCGAGUAAUUAUGCAAAUGCUUCGACCAACUCAAUUCGUCGAUUCUCCAUUUUUGAGAUUGAAGUAGCCACAGCGAAAUUCGAUGAUGAAUUCCUUAUAGGUUCAGGAGGAUUUGGAAAUGUAUACAAAGGAUUCGUCGAUGAUGGAGCAACUCCUGUUGCCAUCAAGCGAUUAAAUUCAUCCUCAACUCAGGGUUUUCGUGAAUUCAAAACCGAAAUCCAGUUGCUUUCCAAGCUUAACAAUACAAAUCUCGUAACUCUAAUCGGCUACUGCGAUGAUCCAGGAGAAAUGAUCCUCGUCUAUGAGUAUAUGCACCGCGGUACUCUUCGUGAUCAUCUUUAUAAAACGAAAAAUCCUCCGAUUCCUUGGAAGAAAAGAGUGGAGAUUUGUAUCGGAGCAGCCAGAGGACUGCAUUAUCUUCAUACAGGGGCGAAACCUCCUGUAAUUCACCGUGAUGUUAAAUCAACAAACAUACUCAUCGACGAGCAUUGGGUGGCUAAGGUUUCAGAUUUUGGUCUAUCGAGAAUGGGACCAACGAGCAAUUCUCAAACUCACGUUAGCACUAUAGUCAGAGGUAGCUUCGGAUACGUAGAUCCAGAAUAUUACCGAAGGCAACACCUUACUGAAAAAUCCGAUGUUUACUCAUUUGGUGUAGUUUUACUUGAAGUACUAUGUGCUCGGCCGCCAGUGAUUCCAGGAUUGCCGAGAGAGCAGGUGAAUUUAGCCGAUUGGGCGCGAAUUUGCUACAGAAGAGGCGGUUUUAGUCAGAUAGUGGACAAGAAUCUGAUGGGCGAUGUUUCUCCUGCUUGUUUGGAGAAAUUCGGCGAGAUUGCUGAGAGUUGCUUGCGUGACCAAGGAAGGUUAAGGCCUGCGAUGAGCGAUGUGGUGUUUGGACUUGAGCUUACUCUGCAGCUUCAGGAGAGUAAUGCAGAGACUAUUACUGAAGUGCCCGAGAGGUCAUUGUUGUCGGCGCGCGAAGAAGUUGUUGCUGUUAGUGACGCAGAUGAGGAUGAUAACGAUGAUUUGUUUAGCGGUUCAUGUGGACGAAAAGCGGAAUCAAAGAGCAGUAUCAGUAGCUGUUUGAGAAGUGUGGAUCAAUCGGAUCCUGAUAGAUUUCUGUCACAGACAGUUUUCUCCGAAAUUAUGGAUCCGAAAGGAAGAUAACAUUGAUAAACUGGAUUUGGCAUUACAUUUUUUCUAAUUUCUGAAACAAAUCUGUCUUUAAGUUGAGUAUAGUUAUUAUAUAUUUAUUUAUCAUCAUUUUAUCUA